GGUGUGUGCAACAAUGCUGAAGAUAUUUCCAAUUCUAGCCAUCCUUGCAGGCCACAGCAGCGGGGUGGUGGUGACCGUCCCUGAGAAGACGGUGAAUGUCACGGCAGGUGGGAACGCGACCCUCCUCUGCACGUACGCCAGUUCUGCACCGCUGGGAGAUUUCUUUAUUCAGUGGAGUUUUUACAGUGCCAAAGAGAGCCAGCUGCACACCCACUCCCCGUGUCACGGUAUUCUGAGUAUGGAUGAAAAGUCAGUCAGUCUUUGUCAAAAGACGGUGUAUGUGACAGAUGCACGGGGAAGAUGUAGCUGGAGAUACAAGAUCUAUUAUUAUUCAGGAGGCCAGUCUUACUCCUAUGGAGCAUUUAAGAACAGGAUAACAGCUUCAACAAGUCCAGGGAAUGCAUCAAUAACAAUCUCCAACAUGCAGCCCUCAGACACCGGGUCCUACACCUGUGAAGUUUUCAGCCCUCAGGGUGACGCUGGACAGAGUCAAAAAUCCGUGAUUGUCAGUGUGCUGGUCAAACCAUCCAAACCUUUCUGCAAAGUAGAAGGAACACCUGAAAAAGGCCAUCUAAUCUACCUCCUGUGCAACUGUGAAGAGGGAUUGCCUCGCCCCACCUACCGCUGGUACAAGGUGGAUGAGAACACCCUCAAGCCUGUGACAGAACAAUUCAAUCCAAACUCCGGCAUCCUUUACAUUGGCAACCUCAGCACCUUUGAAACUGGCUACUAUCAGUGCAUAGCCAGCAACCUCCUGGGGAACAGCACCUGUGAGCUCGACCUGACAGCAAAACAUUCAGAUGGUGGUAUUGUUGCUGGAGCACUGAUUGGAGCAAUUCUGGCAGCUGCUAUAAUCUGCGUUAUUGUCUGGGUCUUAACCAAGAAGGCAAAAAAGAGGAAGUCAUCAAAUAAUGAGAUGCAAGAAAUGGCUCAGAAACAGUCCAAUGCAGACUACCUUCAGGUACCCAACGAAGAAAACAUCCCUGCAACCACAGUUCCAUCAAGCAAUGCAACAAACGAAUACCCAAGUGCUGAUGAAACAGCAGCUCCUGCAACACCUGAAAACGACGAGAAGCAAGAAGCAGGAAAAGAAGAAAUAGCCUAGAGUUUAUAACAGAGUUUUCUCUGUCACCUUUGGACCCCUUUAUACAAAAAUUGUCGGCAUUGAGUUAACAGAGUUAACAUAGAAGCAAGACUAAAAGUUGUAUUCAAGGCAUUUGUACUGUGAGCCACAGGGGUGGAUAAAAAGGGUCUGUUACACAGGCACUUUGUGAAUGGCACAAGAUUUGGCCUUUAAAGUGAACCAAAUUUCUUUUAUUACCUAGCUACACUGUGCAAAAAUUUAAGUAUAAAAUAAAGUAUCAUCUACAACUAGCCAACCUAUUUUGCAAAACUAAUUAGGAAACGGGCUGCAGCAUUUGUCAAAGUGUGAGCUCCCAGUAACGCUGCGUGUCCACAGAGCUCAGAGCCACAGCAGCCUUCUCCAGAAACAGUGUUAGCCAACCUGCUUGGUGUGCAGAGAACAGCAGCCAUGGCCAGUACACUGCAGUGUUUCAAGAACUCGUUUUGCACAUAAGAAGUAAAAAGAAGUUACAUUAAUGUCAUCAGAACGCUGAAACAGAUGUUCAGACCUGAGUCAAGGAAAUCUUGUGUGUCUGAAUUCCACUUAGCUAAAAAAAAUAUAUAUAUUAAAAAAUCCUGGAAUAAGUAAGAUAGGAGCUUAUGCUGGUGAAGUUGUCAGUAACUUCUAUAGAUAGUACAGUCUCCCUAGAACACCACAGGUUUUAUAUUUGUUCAAAAAGUAGAAAGUGCUCAAGUUAUCUUAAAGUUUUUUCUAUAAAAGAAAGGAACAACUGACCACAUUCUUGACUAAUGAUUCACACUUCUAACCACCAGUAAUAGAUGGUAGUAAAAAGGCAAAAUAAGAAGCAAAGCAGGCUGCUGGGAGUAAGGAGGUAAGGAAAAUAACACGAUUUGGAGUUUCUUACCAUAGUGUGGUGAUUUCUGUAAGCCUUCUGGCAGAUGUUCUCAUUAUGGAGUUUAUCUAAAGUUUAUUAGAAAGGAUGGGGCACAGUUCUUAGCUUCCCACUGAUCCUCUUGGCAAAGCACAAAUCGAAUUAGGUACUGAUCCACAGUGUGUAGCUCUAAAACCCUGCAGAGCUAUGCAGGAUGCAGAAACGUUUUUCAGAAUUUGCUUUAGAUGUUCCAACAGUCUUUGGAACAUCUAUCUUCCCAUUUAUCUUCCCAUAGGGAGUAGGGAUCAUUAAUACACACAACAAAUAUUAAACCAACAUUCAAGCCACCAUCUCCUAAGGAAGCAGAUUUACAAAGCUACAGAGCAGGGAUUUUUUGCUACACAAAGAUCAAGAAUGAACACAGCUUCAGCUGCUCUCCAAACAGAUUUUCAGCAGUGCCUGUGCAAUAUAUAAGAAACUUCUACUCAGGCAGAUUCCUCCUUCAAUCUGCAUGGCCAGAGUUCACUGUACAGGCAAGUUAUCCCUCCUGUUCUUAAUUAAGGAGCCCCCUCAGUGAAAUUUAACCUGCAUUUUGUGUUCUAAGAUACAUUUAACGUCCUUGGUGAAGGUAUUUGUUUGGUUUUAAGUUUCUGUCUUAUCAAAAUAAAUUGCGUUACCUUAAUCCCUACAAGUCAAACUGUAGAAACUGUCAGCUUGCAUUUCACCCUUUCCUUGAGGCUGAAGAUCAAACAUGUUGCAUUUCCACACUGUGUAAUGGAUGGCAGGGUUUCAUCUCGUUGUUCACAUCCCA